AAUAGAGAGGGUGUUUUUAUCUCAUUUUAAUUUUCUCGUGGUCGCGGGGCGCAGAUUGCAAAUGGCCGUAAGUGGACACAACUUGUUCACGUAUCAUGUCAACAAAUGAUGUGGUAUUUAUUUCCAUGUUAAAUUAUAUUAAUUGUGAUGAUAUUGUCGGUGUGAGGUUUUUAUUGCGGCAAUAAAUGCCAUUAAUAUUUAUAAUUAUUUAGUUUUAUAAAACUAGUUAUUUUUGCGCGGGAAAAUAAUAUAAUAAAUAUAUAUUAAGUUUUAACACGUUUGUUGGUUUGAUAACGAUGUCUGGAUACCGUAGGGUCAAUUAUUAUGAGCUUUGUCGAUUGUGUACAAGUAGUGAGGGUGAUAAAAUGAAUAUAUUUCGGGACGAGGGACGGAGAAGACAAUUGCAAACUAAAAUUCAAAAUUAUUUACCUGUUCAGGUUCUUGAGGAAGACUCGCUGCCAAAGAUUGUGUGUCAUGAGUGUGUUAGAAAGUUGGAGAGUUACAUUGAAUUUCGCGAGACUGUGGUCAGUGCCGAGGGCAUGUUGGAGUCGUAUUUUACGUCUCUGAGAUUUUCGGAAGAUUUUUUAAAAGAAGGUAAAGUUUAUGUCAAAAGUACUGAGAAAGAUCAUCAGCCGCCGAGUCCUCAGGAGGAUCCGCUGAAGAUUGAAAAAAUAGUUGACGUUACUCCGACAGUAGCAAGUCAAAUAAUUAUUGAACCUCAGCAACCUCAACAUCAGCCGAUUGUCGUUGGUAAUAUAAAUGCUUCUAACAUACAGAUUAUCAGCGGAGUCCAAGCUAGAGUCCAACAGUACAAGUGUGCCAUGCAGAUGCAACCCGGUGGUGUAGCCGCUGCCGUAGUCGAAGCAACCGCAGAAACUCACUACAGUUAUCAACAGCAAACAUCUCAGCAAGUGUCACCGCAACAUCAAUCCACUCAUGUGAAUCGUCUUACUGAUCAGCAAACACCGCAGAUUCAAGUGCAAAAUCAAAUACAGAGCCAAAGUCAAAUUAAUCAGUUACAAAGUACGAGACAGGUACAAAAUACUCAGCAGCCUAAUCAACAGCAACAACAAUCUCAACCUCAACAAAAUCAACCGCAACCUCAGCCUCAAGCCACGCAGAUUCCACAGCAACCCCAGCGACAACAGACUCAACAACAGCAGCAGCAGUGUCAGAUGACUCAAAUGCAGAUACGGGAAUUUGAAAAGAGGUUACAGAUUGAAAAACAAGUACGAAUGUCACCGCAAGAGCAAAAUCAAACUCAAGUACAUCAAAAUAAUAACGUGUUAACAAAAACAGAGAUUGCAACAGAUCAAAAUCAACCAAGAGCACUAAAAUCUGAAGUGGUGGAAUCAAGUAGUAUUAAUUCACCAAAUGAAAAUGUACAAAAUUACGCAACUGUCCAGGCAUCACCGGAGGUGUUUCUCAGUCUUGAAUUUAAAGAAGCCGGACUUAAUAACACACAGCAGACGCGUGAUGAUACCAAGGACUUUAGAGAUUACAUUAAAAAUACAACAGAUGAUGCACUGUCGCGUAAUUCAAUAGGACAGAUUUCAGAAUUUCUGAGAAUUCGCUCGUGUCCCGAGCCAUCAACAUUGAUUACAGUUAAUCCUCAAGUUAUCUGUCAGACAAGCCGUAGUUUUGCGUGUCGCGAGUGCGGUAAAACAUUUGACUCGGAAAAUCAAUUGAACAGCCAUCAGUGCCCCAGUUCUCCGACAAUCGAUGAAAUGUCAGACAUCAGUAAAGAAGAACCUGUUCAGAAUAAUACCAAUUUAUUUAAUUGUGACAUUUGCAGCAAACCUUUCAAACGAAAAGAACAUUUAUUUCAGCACCGCAAGCUUCAUACCGGCGAGCGUCCUUACAUUUGCACGACCUGUACCAAAGCUUUCAGCCGGAAGGAACAUCUCGUACGGCACUCUGUCUCCCAUACCGGUCAGAAAAUGCACGAAUGCGAGAUGUGCGGAAAAAGUUUCUCCCGCAAAGAUAAUCUUCACAAGCAUCGGAAAACUCAUGGUGUAGCGGGUCCUUAUAUUUGUGAAACCUGCGGAAAAUCAUUUGUCGUAAAACAUUAUUAUUUAGUCCAUCUAGGAACACAUGCGCCCAUAGACGGGGAAAAUUGCCCGGACCCGCUACCGUACAAGUGCGAUUUGUGUCACAAAGCCUUCUCCGUAAAACAGUAUCUCGCUACUCACAAAGCACGGCAUAGAAAAAAUGCAAAUGCUAGCGCUAAUAAUGUAACUAAUCAACAACCUACAGCUCAACAAACCCAACAGGUUCAGCAGCAGCAGCAGCAACAACAGCAGCAACAAGUACCGUCAGUUCAAACUAGUAAUGGAAUAAACGUAUCGUCAAAUGGUGUUACGAAUACGAAUGGACAAACUAAUGACAAUUCAGUCGUUGAAAUUCACAGUGUCAUUGAGAGAAAUGAUUCUCAGGCCAGACAGCAGCAGCAGCAGCAACACGGAUCAUUUGAUAACAAUCAAUAUCACGGUACAAAGUAUUAUCGAAUAUGAAGACAGUGAACUGCGUAAAUGAUUUUUGCAUGUAGAUUAUUAUUAUUAUUAUUAAUAUUAAUAUUAUUUGUAUUAGGCGAAGAUAAUAAAGGGAGCAAGAGUUUGAAUAAGAGAAUGAGAGUAAAUUUAAAUGAAUGAAUAAUUGAUAAGUAUACAGCAUAGACUUAAGAAAAAGUAACAUAAAAAAAUAUGUACUAAUAUAUGUAUAUUAUAAAUAUAAUAGUUUUUUGUGCAGUAAAAAUUUAAUAACGGACAGGUGUGUCUGUUAUUAAACUAUUUUUUCAUAAGAUUCCAAUAGAAAAAUAUUUUAUAUUCGAUAAUAUUUAUCAUUAAAUUUAUCAGUUUAUUUCAUAUAUUAUAUUAUAUAUAAAUAAUAUUAUUUUGCUGCUUUUUAAUUAAGAAUCAUUAAUAUU